UAAACAAAUAACAUUUUUAAUAAUAAUAAUAAUAAUAAAAUCUCCCGUGGCCUCCUUCUUCUCCGGUUCUCGCUCGUGCCCUUCUCUCCUGGCGGCGACGGCUGGGCGAGCGGCGCGGCCCGUUAUCACUUCCCAGGUCUUCGGCGGCGACGAGUUUCCACCAGGCUGACCGGAACGCAGUGGGUGGAGAACCGGUGAGCAGCUGCAGCCAUGUCCGUGGCGGCCGGCGUGAGCGACGCGGCCAUCGCGGUGCGCGACAAGCUCCGUGGAAAGAUUGGUCAGACCAAGGUCAAACGGUACUGGCCGGGGAAGGCGCCUGAGUGGGCCGAUGACGUCGAUGAGGACGUCGACCUCAGGACGGCACGGGUCUCCCUCGACAAGGCGUUCCCCAGGGACGAGGACGGCGAUGUUCCCGCCAAGGAUGACCGCCGGCUCCGCCGGCUCGCGGAGACCCGCGCGGAGAAUAAGGAGGAGCUGAGGGCGGAUCACCGCCGCAUACGGCAGGCGGAGAUCGUGUCAACCGCGGAGGAGGAGAACGAGAGGCAGGAGGCUGACGCCGACGAGGAGGAUGAGGAGGCCCAAGAGGAGAGGAGGAGGAGAAUAAGGGCAAGGCAGCUGCUGAGGGAGCAGGAAGAGCUGCUUCCUCAGGAAGAGGAGGAACCGGUGGAGGCCGAGGAGUCUGAGGAGGAAUCUGAGUACGAGACAGACUCUGAGGAUGAGCAGAUGGGAAUGGCCAUGGUGAAGCCCGUUUUCAUACCAAAGUCACAGAGAGACACCAUCGCGGAGCGCGAACGGCUGGAGGAGGAGGAACGGCAGCUUGAGGAGCUGGUCAAGAAGAGGCUGGAGGCUAGGAAGAUCGAGACUAGACAGAUUGUGGUCGAAGAGAUUAGAAAGGAGGAGCACAUCGAGAAGGCACUGAACGAAGAGGCCAACAUCGAGGAUGUCGAUACAGACGACGAGUUGAACGAAGCAGAGGAGUACGAGUCGUGGAAAAACAGAGAAAUAGCAAGGAUUAAGAGGGACAGGGAGGAAAGAGAUGCGAGGUUGAAGGAGAAGGAGGAGAUCGAGAAAGUCAGGAAUAUGACCGAGGAGGAGCGUCGCGAAUGGGAGCGGAAGAAUCCGAAGCCGCUUCGUCAGACGAAACAGAAGUGGAAGUUUAUGCAGAAGUAUUACCACAAAGGCGCCUUCUUCCAGGAAGGUGCUGAUGAUGUUAUCCAGUCAGCGGGUAAAGAGGAUAUCUACACCCGUGAUUUCUCUGAGCCCACUGGAGAAGAUAAGAUGGAUAAGAGCAUCCUGCCCAAGGUCAUGCAAGUUAAACAUUUCGGGCGCAGCGGCAGGACGAAAUGGACGCAUCUUGUUAAUGAAGACACUACAGAUUGGAAUGCACCAUGGUCAACAAAUGGGCCUCUGCGAGCAAAGUAUAAUGCAAAAAUGGCAGGCAUGAAUGCACCUAUUGCUAAACCAAAGGGAAGUAAGAAGCUGAAGGAUUGGGAUGCAAAAUGAGAUGCCAGGUUAGCUGGUAUUAUCUAAGCGUUAUAAGAACUAUGUAGCCAAAAAGUGCAAACAAUGCUUAUGCAGAUGCUUUCUUCUCAUUUUGACUGCAUAAACAAUGUGACCUUUAUGUGCUAUUAUCUGUUGAAGUGUCCCAAUAGUAUGAUGUGAUGAUCCAUGAAUGAUCAUUAUUAUUGACUUCCUGUGAUGUUCUAU